UGUUUGUUUGUGUCCCAUCAUUGGUGUUAUGUGACAAAGGAGCUUUUCCUGGAUCUAGAAGCCGAGACGCUGGUGCGGAAUGAAGCCAUGAUCCUUCAGGGGACAUCCUACAAAGGAGUCAGCAUCUCCUAUGCUAAAGUGCCACCAGUACCAGUGCCCAAAGUCGGAGAGGAUGGCAGUGUUCUACCAAGACUGGAGAAGUGUUACAAAGAUGUAAAGCCCGGAGAAAGUGUGGAAGCAGCAUAUGUUGAUACUGAGACUGAGAUGGUGUUCCUGGAGGAAAGAAACAUCUUCUGUGGAUCAUACAAUGUUCUCAUUCUUACUGGACAAGGCGAUCCGCACAGGGUGAUCCAUUUUGAUGGGGGGCAUCUGGUUGCUUCUGGAUCUACAGACCGGAAAGUGAAGAUAUACGAUAUGGUGGAGAUGGCUCAAGUCCCG